CAUAACUUAUUUGAAAGAUAACUGAGAGAAGGGUUAAGUCAAUAAAUUAGAUACAUUUACCCUAAUCUCUCUCUCUCAAUCUCAGGCUCUCAGCCAUUAAUGAUUCAACAAUUAACCAGGCACCGUGAGAUCGACGGCUUCCUCUUCAUCAACAACACUCUCCUUUUUUUCCCGUCAUCAACACUUCAACAGCUUUCUCUCCAGUCUUCACUCUUCAUCAACAGCGCUUUCCUUUUUUUUUUUUUCCCAUCAUCAACGGCAUCCUUUUCAGUCUUCACUGAAUCAUUAUUCAUCAACAGAAGACAAUAAAUUUACCAAACUGAACAACUGGAAAAGCUCAUCUUGCUCGAAGGGUGUUGCUGUCCGAAUCUUGACUCUGUCGUGAUUGCAUGGCGAUGUUUUGCCGUGGUAAAAAAAUCAGAGCUAGAAUGAAGAAAAUGGAGAUCAAACAUUUGGAUAAGCAUUUAUGCUAACUUGUACCUGCCACUGCCAGGCUAUUUGCCAAUAGCCAACUCUAUUUUGUCUAGCUCUGCAGCAGAAGCAUUAUUAAUUAUAGCCUUUUUUCCUUAGUUUGAUAGUCUCAUUUUUUUUAAAACGUCGAUAAUGCCAUUCCCAAUCAUCUUUGAUUAUUGCAUAUACAGUCUCCGUGAGUCCACCACCAGCUAACACAAAAACUAACAUCAACGCUGCCUCCUUCUCUACAGACCAUCCCUCUCGCCAUCAUAAAAAAGACCCCACCAGAACACAUCUCCAUCGCGUUCGGCCCGCCAGCAGCCGACUGCACCUCGCGGUUGCUGCACGAGGCCGUCAUCUGCGAUCACCGGCCUGAAGGUUCUGACUUUUCUAAGAUAGGAGAAAGAAGUCGUCAAAUUAGGGUAUCAGAGAACGAGGAAGAAAAAAAUGGAAUUUUGCCCAACAUGUGGGAUGCUAUUGCGAUAUGAGACGCCAAAUAUGGGGCAAGCAGCUAGAUUUUAUUGCCCUACCUGUCCCUAUUUCGCUUCGAUUGAGAGCAGGGUUAAGAUAAAGAGAAAGCAAAAGCUUGCUAAGAAAGAAAUUGAACCUAUUUUCACCCUCGAGGACAUGAAGACAGGCGGUGCUGAAACUGAUGCAACAUGUCCCCAUUGCAACUUCGGAAGGGCCUGUUUCCAGCAGAUACAGAUUAGAUCAGCUGAUGAGCCAGCAACAACAUUUUACUUCUGCUUGAAUGAGAAGUGUGGGAGGAUGUGGCGUGAGGACUGAGGACAGCAACCUGUCUUGUAAACCUCACAAAUGACACGCACAUCUUCACAUGUCUCGAGUUUCCAUCCUCAGAUGCUUCAAAGUUUUCCAGUUAGCACGUUUUUGUGUACAAUGUUACAGAUUUGAGACAUCAGUUUAUACAGGAGAAGCUGCUAAAAAUGUUCCGAUUCCAAGCAAACAGCUUAGCUUUUAGGUUCUUUUCUCUUGAUUAAUUCCGGAGUUUUUUCUUUUCUUCAGGGUUCUCCUUGUUUCGGGCUUAUUUAACAUGAAUAAAAAUAAUUACUUUUCAACUUAAACAAA